GUCCAGUCUUGCUUGAAAAUUUUCCCGCCAAAAUAUUCGCAUGCGCGAAACUUCUUCCCUUCGAUUUCCAACAUGGCUGCUGCAGCGGAGGAAAGGAACCGCUCACUGAAACAGGCACUCAUAGAGAGUUUAACAGCCAUUCUGUCACCAGAUCAACAAGCUAGACAACAGGCGGAAGAACAGCUCAAGGUUCUCGAGGUCACAGAGGAGUUUGGUGUCCACUUAGCAGAACUCACACUUGACAGAGAGGGUGCUUUAGCCAUCAGACAGCUUGCAUCAGUAAUUCUUAAACAGUAUGUGGAAGCCCAUUGGACUUGUAAUGCUGAGAAAUUUAGACCUCCAGAAACUACAGAUGCAGCUAAGGCAGAGAUCCGACGUCUUUUACCAGGUGGCCUGCAAGAGUCCAUAAGUAAAGUCAGAUCAAGUGUGGCAUAUGCCAUCUCCGCAAUCGCCCACUGGGACUGGCCUGAAGCGUGGCCAGAUUUGUUUGGACAUCUGAUGCAGGCAUUGACAAGUGGUGAUGGUAACCUGGUUCAUGGAGCAAUGAGAGUUUUAACAGAGUUCUGCCGUGAGGUGACAGACAUCCAGAUACCACAUGUUGCUCCAGUGAUUCUUCCUGAAAUGUACAAGAUAUUCAUUCAUGCAGAGGUGUACAGCAUCAGAACAAGAUCACGUGCUGCUGACAUUUUUAACACUUGUGCUUCGUUGAUCUGUGCAAUGGAAGAUGACAAUUUGAGCAUAGCCAGGGAAAUCCUGUUUCCAUUGAUGCCACAAUUCACUCAAGCAUUUGUUCAGGUCCUUGCUUUGGCAGACAGUCCCACAGUUGAUUGUGGCUUGAAGAUGGAAGUGCUCAAGGCACUGACCACACUAGUAAAGAAUUUUCCCAAGCAAAUGGCACCUCAUCUGAUGCAGAUUCUGCCGCACAUGUGGAACACAUUGACACAGAGUGCUGAUCGCUAUGUUCGCACAGUUGUUAAUUACACUGAUGAUGCUGAUGAUCCAGUUGAUUCUGAUGGAGAAGUCCUAGGAUUUGAAAAUCUUGUCUUUAGUGUGUUUGAGUUCAUUCAUGGACUGAUAGAAACACCAAAAUUCAAGAAAACUGUCAAGAAGUUUUUAGAUGACCUUAUUUAUUUCUUGGUGCUGUACAUGCAGAUCACAGAGGAACAGGUGCAAGUGUGGACAUCCAAUCCAAACCAGUUUGUUGAAGAUGAGGAUGAUGACACUUUUUCCUUUUCUGUUCGUAUUGCUGCUCAAGAUGUACUCUUGGCAGUUGCUGCUGACUUCAAAAAUGAAAGUGCAGGUUCAUUAACAAAUGCAGUCAACAGACAUUUACAAGAAGCAAAUGAUAGAAAAAGUAAAGGAGAUGAUAACUGGUGGAAAAUACAUGAAUCAUGUAUGUUAGCAAUGGGAUGCAUUAAGUCACUCAUCAUUGACAAAGUAUCAAAUGGCAAAGUAUCUAUGGCAGAUAUGACAUCAUUCCUGACACAAGUUGUGUUAGCAGAUCUACAGGAGUCAGUAUCACCUUUUCUUAUUGGUCAAGCACUGUGGGUGGCUAGUCGUUUUACUCCGCUUAUGUCUCAAGAGCUUUUAACAAGAUUUAUCGAGGCAUCAGUGACUGGUCUUCAAUCAACGCAGCUUGCUGCUGUAAGAAUAUCAGCUGUCAGAGCUGUUUACGAAUUUUGUGCUCAUCUAAAGAUGUCGAACAACACUCAAAUCCUGGCUCCAUUCCUUCCAAAGAUCAUGGAUGGUUUACUUACCAUGGCAACGCAAUCAACAGAUGAUGUACUGGCGCUGGUCUUAGAGUCUCUUAGGAUUGUUAUGUCGGUCAAUAAAGAAUUUACAACGUCUUGCGAAGGAAGAAUAUCACCGCUGACAAUAGCGCUCUUUAUCAAAUAUGCUCACGAUGCCGCUCUUAUUCCACUAAUAGAAGACUUGUUUAAAGAACUUGCAAUGAUAGAGGCUUGCAACAAGCUUUUACAGCAGAGGUUUCUGCCGACAUUAAUUAGUAUAUUCCAGGCUCCGCCAGAGAAGACUCCGUUAGGAAUUAAUGCUGUCUGUAUGGAUAUACUGUGUAACAUCAUUCGGUGUACCCAGCCCCCUCUCUCGGAGCCGCUUCUCAAUUCUGUAUUUCCUGUUGUCGUCAAUACAAUACUCGCGUCAGAUGAUAACUCUGUGUUACAGGGUGGUGGACAAUGCCUCAGAGCGUUUGUGUACGUUUCACCGGAACAGUUGAUUGCUUGGCGCGAUCCUCAAGGGAACAGUGCUAUCUCUUACAUUGUCCGAGCAACUUCACAUCUUCUCGACCCCAGGGCGCCUGAGUUCACGGCCUCCUUUGUUGGUAGACUGGUAACUACAAUGAUUAAAAAGAUUGGAAAUAACCUUGGUGAAAAUCUCGACUUAUUAUUAAGAGGAGUCCUUAGCAAACUUCAACAGGCGGAAACGUUGAGCAUAAUCCAGUCGCUGGUCCUUUCAUUUCUUCACCUGAUGAACAGUCAGUUACAGAUCACGCUUGACUUUCUGAGCGGUGUUCCUGACCCGACCGGCAAGUCAGCGCUAGAAUAUGUUGUAAAGAUAUGGUGCGCGAGGCAGCCGGAAUUCUUUGGUGUUUACGACAGUAAAGUGAGCACAAUGGCUCUUUGCAAUGUUCUACAGUUCUUCGUUAACACUGGCGACAAAAGACUCUCGAGUAUCAUAGUCAAAGGAGAGAGGAUUUUCCAACAGGAUGAAGGAAUCCGAACAAGAUCCAGAACGGCGAAAGCUCCCGAGCAAUGGACGAUGAUUCCUGUGCCAGUAAAGCUAUUUAAAUUAAUCAUCAAUGAGCUAGGCACUCUUUUGGAGAGUGCUGCGGCAGGUGACGAUCAAGAGGACGGGGACUCGGAUGAGGGAGAGGAGGGUUGGGAGGAUGUGGACGAUGAGGAAGAAGCUAUUGACGUGUCUGGAUCGCCGUUUGCACUUGCGUCAGAUUUUCUCGGAUUUGAUGCGGAUGAUUUUGAGGACGAAGACGAAGAUGACCCAGAGAUAAAGAACGAUCCUAUUUACUCGUUAGAUUUACAGAAUCAUUUGAUCAAGUUUCUUCAAACCUUCGCCCAGCAGGAGUGUUAUCCAAGCUAUUUUCAAGCGCUGAACGCCCAGGAGCGUCACACGCUGUCAAAGAUCGGAAUACCUUCUUGAAAAAUCACAGGUUUUCCUAUACGAUUUAUUAAUUUAUACGAACAGACGAUUUUGAAAAAAAAGAGUGGAGGAAGAAAAGGAGAAAACUCCGCACAGAAGGCGAGCUCUUGAUGAAAGGCGAGAAAGCCAGUCUCCUCGCCAAUAAGUUUAAAGCUGGUGCAGUGAAAAGAAGGGAAAAGAAACAUUUUCAUAGAAUAUUUGUAAAUAAGAAAAAAAAAUGCGAGCAGGAUUAAAAACGAGGAAGAUGGGAAACCUUUUACGGCUGGAGUGAAAUCGGAGAUAUUCCCAAUUUAUACGGCUCAUGGUUUUCGGCAAUACGUGCAGUCAGUUCAGGAUACAUUCUGUUUUCAAAUGACGUUUUGCUCUGAUUUAUAGUUUUGAUUUAGUUGGAUUUGGUGUACGUACAGCAUUUCUUUCUAUGAAGCUACAGCAGUCCAUGGUUUCAACAGCUCAAGGUAUUUUUUUGGUGAUACAGGUUAAAUUUCCGUCAUAUCUUGUUCAAAAAUACCGUAAAACGGCUUCCAGCGACGAAUGAAAUUCCGCCUGGUCAGGGAUCCGAUCCUCCCAGCAUUUUCGAGAGUGACCUACACAACUGCUUAAAACAUUAUUUGAAUUUUGGUAGAAAACAACUUGUAGAUAGAAAAGAACUUUCCAAAUAAAGAAGUUUUUUAAAAACCA